CUUCCGGUCUCUAUCGACUCUCCAAAAAUGGCGGAUGUUUGUGGUCAAGUGUUAUUGGGAUCAGGGCUUACUGUGCUCUCCCAUCCUUUGAUGUACAUUAAAGUCCUGAUCCAGGUAGGACAUGAGCCACUCCGUCCCACCCUGGGUAGGAAUUUAUUUGGAAGACAAGUCUACCAGCUACCUGGACUGUUUGCUUAUGCAAAACACAUCAUUAAGAUUGAUGGAAGAGCUGGUCUUUUCAAAGGACUUGGUCCGAGGCUUUGUGCAGGCACCAUUGGCACACUCGUACACAGCAAAGUUGCACAGAAAUGUCAAGAACAAGGCACCCCACAGAUACUGGGAGGGCAGCAGAAGGAUAAAGAGAGCUCUCUACAGCAGGUUGUUAACGAGACAACCAGGGAGAUGGUUGCCCGCUCCUGUGCCACCAUCGUCACACAUCCCUUCCAUGUGAUCACUUUGCGAUGUAUGGUGCAGUUCAUUGGAAGAGAAACCAAAUAUAGUGGGGUGUUUGAUUCCAUCAUCACAGUCUACAGAGAAGAAGGCAUUCUGGGCUUCUUUGCUGGUUUGAUUCCUCGCCUGCUGGGUGAUGUCCUUUCUCUGUGGAUUUGUAACCUGCUGGCUCACCUCAUCAAUACAUAUGCCAUUGAUGACUCGAUGAGUCACACAGGAGAAAUCAAGAACUGCUCUCAGGCGAUGACAGGGUUCUUUGCCAGCAUGCUCACCUAUCCUUUUGUUUUGGUGUCAAACAUAAUGGCUGUCAAUAACUGUGGGCUUGCUGGAGGCAGAGAUCCCUAUGCGUCAGUAUAUCCCACCUGGGUGGACUGCUGGAUGCAUCUUAGCAGAGAGGGCAACAUGAGCAGAGGCAACAGUUUAUUUUUCCGAAAGCUUCCAGCAGGAAAGACAUACGCAGUCGACCAGAAGAGAUUUUUCUAAAGCUUCAGGAGCGCUGAAAUGAACAUAGUUGUGAUAAUAAAACAAAAAUCCAAUAUUGCCUGAUUUGGGAAUUGGACAGUCAGCUUUUUGUAUGCAUUCGUUUGCCCUGAAUUAGUUUUUUUUCCUUAACAGCUUGCCAGCUUAGGAACUGAACAGUUUUAGUUAACUGCAGAAAGAUUGUUUAAAUGAAAUGACAAAAAUAUUAAAGGGCAGAGCUGUAAGACAGUGACAUGUUUUUAAAAUAUGAACUGCCUUUCUACUUCCACAUUUACAAAAACUAAAGCUGGCAUAAUGAUUAUGUGAUUUUUUCCCUUCAUGUUUUCUUUUUUGUUUUUUAUGCAUUUGGUAAUGUCUAAGAUUUGCCACGUUAAUGAUCAUGUGGGAUCUCUUUUCAUCUGGUAUUGUAUUGAUGUAAUUAUUCUGAAGGUGACCUCUGAGUGCAUGUGUAAAGAUAAUUGGGGGUGAGGACAAGUGGUGGUGGUGUUUCUGAAGUAUAUACACUGAGACAUGUGUAGAGCGGUCUGGGUGGACUCUGAAAAAUGAAAGUACUUUAGCUCCUGAUUGACCCAAAUAAAAGGAAAAAAUGUCUUUCCUGUAAAA